ACUGCGCCUUCGUGAUUUCCACUUGCCGUACUCACGGAUUACCCCAAUCUCCAACGUGGGCCUGCAGGUCGCCAUCUCCAACGCCUAUACCGAGGUGGAUGGGGACUGGCGGGUGAAGUUUCUCUUUAUCCGGGACCAUGGAUCUUUCAACCUGAAGGUGGAAAAUAUCUACAUCAAAAUCGUCCUGAGGCUGGGCGCUGACACCACUGGGAAGCCCACCAUCAGCACCUCGAACUGUAGUGCCCGCGCCUCCAAAGUCGGCUUGCGCUUUUCAGGCAAGCUUAAGUGGCUUUACAACCUGUUCCACCGCGUUAUUGAGUCCAAGUUGCGAAAGAAUUUAGAGAGCAAGGUGUGUGACAAUGUGGCCAAGUCUGUACAAAACGAGCUCCAGAAGCAGGUCCAGACGCUGCCAGUCACAGCCAGGAUAGAUGACAAGAUUGGGAUCGAUUAUUCCUUGGUAGCACCGCCAAGAGCUAGCCACAAGUCCCUGGACCUGGACCUGAAGGGUGAAUUCUACUCCCUGGCCCACCGCUCCAGUGUCCCCUUCUCACCGCUGCCACUGGCCUUCCCCUCGGAUCACGAGCGCAUGGUUUACUUUGGAGCCUCCAGCUACUUCUUCAACACAGCCGGCAUUGCCUACCACAAAGCCGGGGCACUGGUCUUUGAAAUCACAGAGGCCAUGCUCCCAAAGGAUGCAGGAUUCAGCCUGGACACCUCUAUCUUCUCAGCCUUCAUUCCCCAGCUGGAGGAGAAGUACCCAAACAUGCCAAUGAAGUUCAGGCUGUCCACUCCCACUGCUCCGUUCCUGAAUAUUGGACCAGGAGGAAUCUCAUUUCAGCCCAUUGUGGAUGCCCAGGCUUAUGCCAUCCUUCCCAACUCCAGCCUGGCUCCUCUCUUCCUCCUCAGCCUGACAGGGAACGUGUCCGCUGUCAUCAACGUGAGAUCCGGCCGCAUAGUUGGGAGCCUGGAUGUGGGCAGGAUCAGGCUCUCCCUGAAGGAUUCAGCUGUUGGCACUUUCCAGGUGCAAUUACUGCAGUCCAUAAUGAACUUCUUGACAUCCAGUGUCCUGCUCCCACAUCUUAAUGCCCGCUUAGAUGAGGGUUUCCUUCUGCCACUACCGGACAGGAUUCAGCUCUCCAAUAUCCUUGUGAGGUUCCACCAG